AUUUCAUUUUCCGUCUGCGUUCCACAAAUAGCAGGAAUCACAUUCGAUUCUCCAAUAACAUCAACAGUUCAUCGUUUCGAUCUCUUCAAGUUUCCUGUGUCUUUGUGGCAAAAUUCAUUGCCACAAAGUUCACUCCUUUGAGUUCUUUCUGUUUCCAACAACAGUGCCCUUUACCAAACACUGGAUCACCCCCACGAUGCGACUUUCCCUUCAUUUCCAAGUUCGUUUCACUCCGGAUUAAGGGCUUUAUUCCCUUCAAAUCCAAGGAGAUUUCUGGGUUUUAUUGCUGGAAUCAGAUUCUGGGUUGAAUCGAUUUUUACACGGAUGAGAAAACCGAGUGAGAAUUAUAGGGAAAUAGUUAUAGCUAGAAAUGGUGGAGAAAGUGAGGAAUCUCCAGAGAAAAAAUCAUCUAAGUCUCCCAAAGGAAUGAAUAAGGCUAUUCAUCCACCAAUUGAGACACACUGGCAUCUUCCUCAAGAAAAAAAGCCUUGUUCGUCUCCAAGCUCAGGGUUUAAGUCAAUUCUUAAAUACCCACUUAAGGUCAGGGAUUCCGUGAAGAAAAUUAAAAGGAGCAGAAGCAUGCAACUAGUCCUUGAGGGAGUUCAUGACCCAAAAGAUGAACAAAUUGUAGAGUCUUUCCGGGAAUUGCUUUUCCUUGAAGGAGGUGUGCUGGCACAGAACUAUGACUAUCAUACUCUUUUAAGAUUUCUAAGAAUGACGGAUUUUGACCUGUUAAAGGCAAAAACAAUGCUGUCCAAUUAUCUUCAAUGGCGUCAGGAUUUCGGAGUUGAUACAAUCCAAAAGGAGUUUAAGUUUGAUGAGCUUGCAGAAGUGAAGAAACGCUACCCUCAUGGAUUCCAUGGAGUGGAUAAAUAUGGUAGACCAGUAUACAUUGAAAGGAUUGGCAUGGUAGACAUGAAUGAAUUGCUACAAAUAACCACGAUUGAAAGAUUGGUUAAGAAUCAUAUAGCAGAACAAGAGAAAACAUUAAGUUUGAGAUUUCCUACGUGCUCGAUUGCUGCCAAGAAGCAUAUUGCGUCCACUACAAGUAUCUUAGAUGUGAAGGGAGUUGGAAUGUCCAACUUCUCAAAGCCUGCGAGGCAUCUCUUCAUGGAAGUCCUGAAGAUUGAUAGCAAUUACUACCCAGAGACUCUUAAUAAGCUAUUCAUUAUCAAUGCUGGAUCUGGGUUCCGAAUGCUAUGGAAAGUGGUCAAGGCAUUUCUGGAAGCACGAACAUUGGCAAAAAUUCAAGUGCUGGGAAACAACUACUUUUGCAACCUGAUUGAAGUUAUUGAUCCAAAUAAUUUGCCAUCUUUUCUGGGUGGAAAUUGUACAUGUGCUGAUUAUGGGGGCUGCUUAUUAAGUGAUAAAGGACCUUGGAACAAUCCAGAAAUUAUAGAGAUGCUUCAGGCACUGUCUGCAACAGAAGAGAUCAGUAAUGAAGGAAACGGAGAUCUGACUUCAGAAGAUGCUUUGCAGGAGGAUGUGGGCAGUGCCAAAAGUAAAGAAGACUCGAGACAUGGGGAGACACUAAUGAUCAACGAGCAUGCAUCACAGAAGAUCUUGGCACUGCAGGCUGCAAUAUCUGACACCAAGACAAAACUCAAGGCAUUAGAAGCUGCACUCGAGGACAUCAAGACAGUUUUGGAAGGACUUACACAGCACGUCAAAGAGUUAAAGACUUAAGCUUACCGCCAUAUCUGGCUUUGAGCAUAGAAAAACAAUUAUGUUUUUCUUUAAUCCUCAUUCUGUAUAUACCUUCAAAGGGACCCUUUGAUGAUUAGGUACGGACCCCUCUCACGCCAUCCAUUAAAAUUUUUUUGCAGUUGCUCAAAGUUGGUCCCUCUGAAGGUUAGGUAGAAGUUGCAAUGAUUGCUAUUUUUCCUAUACUGUAACCUUAAUCUUAUCUUAAUGUGCUUGCUAAUUGGAUGAAAUGUGACCCACCCCUUUACCUUUC